GCCUUUCCCUCGCCACCUCUUCCUUUUACCUCACGCAAAUAUAUGUCGGUCUCAUCGGUCAUUGUUCUCUAGUCUCCGAUCCCGAAUUCCAUCAAAGACGCUCCGUCCUCCCACCUACCUUCUACGACCGCCGCAGCAGCAAAUAUAUCGGCGCCCACCGUCGACAGGACAUCUAUCCCCUCAAACCCAGUCCACAAAGACACGGCAAAUACUUUCGCAAUGGGCACCGCAUCCACCCCUAACAGUGCCGCUGCGAACACCCCCACUGCCGAACCUAGCGGCUCCGCACCAACGAACUCGAACCAGGUCCGUCCUGGCGGCGCCCCAGCGCGGGUGUACAUGAACGAGAAGAUCGUGCCAUACUUGCUAGAGGGGAUGAAGGGUAUUGCAAAGGACCAACCUGCGAACCCUCUCCGUGCCCUCGGCGAAUUCCUCAUCCAGAAGAGCAACGACGUCGAAGGUCACCCGCCGUCAUCCGCAGACCAGUAACAGACGCACAUAAACGCGCCGGGAAACGAAGCAAAUUCAUCAAGAAAACCAACAAACGCUCGAGGAGAAUCAGGAUCUUACACUGUGCUUGAGGCUUGAGAGGCGCAUUAACUCCUCCGCUACCCUUCUUUCUCUUUGCAGUCUGGUCCUGGCCCCAUCUGGACAUACGAUUCAACCAUCUAUGUUGCCGGUGUGAGACGGAUAAUACUAGACGAGACGGGCUACCACAGUUCCUGGUACCAUGCGCGUGCAAUUUGUCUCGAGGAAAUAGCUACCGAGAAAUAUGCACGCGCUUUCCGUACAAAGCGAGUAGGGCGCGCCUUCCUAUAAAACCACGCGGGAUUAGUUAACUCGCUCGCUCGCUCUUUCCUCUUUCUCUACAUCUCACAUAAAUCUCACAGUACCUCAACAUUGGUAAAUAGAGUCGAUUUGGUUGAUAUUAGCUUGUACUUAGGUACUGUCUAUUUAUCACUUCACUAGAUACGUGCACUAUGACAAGAUCAAGAGCUGGUUGGGCGAAGUACUUUAUCUCAGGUGGUAAUUACUCUUCAUAAUUUGAUAUCCAAUAUAU